AUGGAAGAAAUUUUAAUGCCCUACCUGCGAUGUACUGAGAAGGACCGCCGUCCUGAUGCGCCUGCGUUUUCGCUCGCAUUUCAAGGCCCAGAAAGGCUGUCGCGCACAGCUCCAUACCUAUUCCAAGUUACACUGCAGCGUGUAGACGAAGGCAGCAAGAUUUGUCUCUUCUCAUGGAGUCCGCAGAUGCAUGGAUUUAUUGCCAAUGGCGGAUUUAUUCUUCUUCAUCAUACCGCGCAAGGCGAAUUGAGGCCAGUCGAGCUCCCUAGAUGCAAUGCACUUCCUCCACUAGAACUUUGGCGCUCUUAUCCUCUCAAUGAACAUGAACCUGGUGGAAUUCAGCAGUAUUACGACGUCUUCCCCGAGCGUCUUCUCCCACACCUACAAACUGGAGAACGAUAUGUACUUUUCUGGCCUGGGCAAAAUUAUACCUCAUGGUGUCUGACCGACGGUACAAGUUUUUAUGGCUAUAUUCCCCCUGCAAAGACCGCCCUCGUCUUGCCAGGCGGCCCAUUUCUGUCCUUCACGGUCGAGGAUGACGGGGACAAGCCGAUGGCGCCAGCGCCAUUGUUCGGAGCGGAAGAACCCCGUCCCACACUAAUCGCAAGAAUCGAAUGCCAUCCCCAGGGCCAGGUUGCCUUGAAGGAUGACCUUGUGACUGCGACGCUGCAUGUCACUUACGAACGGACCGGUGAUGGCAGUGGUAGACCAAUUACCUUCAACACUACGAGACUAACCCCCAAGCUCUGGGUAUGGCGCGAUCGGUGGGUAGAUAUGGAAGGCUUCAGUUGCGGUUGGGGUAGCAAUACCUUCUGCGAUGAUCCGGAUAUUCAAGUCUCCCCCGGCAGCGAUGGCAGCUUUGCCUGUCUGCAUCCGGGCGAAACCUGGUCUAACACCUUGCGACACCCAUUGAUUACGGACAUUGAGAGCAGCGAUGGUGGGGAGGCUGAAGCCGGGGAACUGAUACGGUGUCUCUUCAAAGGAAUCGAGCUUGUUUGGUGGGCUUGGGGAACUCGAGAGGAUCAUCUGGCGACUAUGGUCACAGUCCCAGCCACUGGAAGCCGGAUUGUGCUAGACCCUAAGCAGAAUCCUGUCGUUAUCGUUCCUGCCGCGGCUCCGGUUGAUUUGGAAAUAGUAUAA